AGCAUUUUUAUUUCUGUCCUGUUUGCGUUGGUUGUCUGUACAGAACGUUUGGGUAUUAAAUGGUGUUCGUAAGUUUCACUGAAUCAUUGCAAUUAACGUAGGGAAAUCGGUGUAAAAUUAACCCCUGUGUCAAAGUAUAUCUUUGACAACGAAGAUGAAGUUGCUGUAUUCAGUUGUGUUUGGACUGAUAUUCGUUUCAUUUGGAGUUUAUUCACGCCUACUGGGUGCCAAAGAAUGUACAUGGGGACCGUCAUAUUGGUGUCGGAAUAUUACUAAUGCUAAAACAUGUGGAGCUGUGAAGCAUUGUAUCCAGACGGUGUGGGAGCAUCAGCAGCUGCCUCCGGAUGACGACGACGUCUGCAAGAUUUGUUUGGACAUGGUGAAACAGGCUCGCGACCAACUGGAGAGCAAUGAAACGCAGGAAGAACUCAAGGAAGUGUUUGAAGGUUCAUGCAAUUUCAUCCCGGUAAAGAUUGUCGCUGAGGAAUGUUGUAAGCUGGCUGAUGAGUUUAUUCCUGAGCUGGUAGAAACUUUGGCUUCAGAGAUGAACCCGCAAGUUGUGUGUUCAGUGGCCGGACUGUGUAACAAUGCAUGGGUUGACAAACAGCUGGCAGACAGUAAGGCAGGUGGAAAGUUUAUCAAAGCUACUCCGUUGGAUGAGGCCACAGAUGUAGUAGAUGACUGCUUUGGGUGCAGAGUAGUUAUUAACGAACUUGACGACAAAAUGCAAACCAUGUCACGAGAUGAUCUGCUCAAUAAUAUGCUGCAGGCGUGCGGGCGUAUCGGAAGCCUGUCGGAUGGCUGUUCGGCAGUUAUCAUCACCUACUUCACUGAAAUCUACAGCUUCCUGCAGAAGAAUUUUAAGUCGGAUGCCGUGUGCCACGUGGCAGGAGUCUGUUCUGCGACCUUCCACAAGCAUAGGCCUGUACUGAAGAAGGUUGAUGUUGUACACGAGUCAAAUGUUGGAGUAGUAAAGGUCGAAGAUGAUUUGCCGUGCGAGUUCUGUGAGCAACUUAUCAUUCAUCUGCGGGAUGUCCUUGUUGCCAACACGACUGAGCAGGAGUUUGAGGAAGUUCUCAAAGGGUUAUGCAAGCAAACUCGAUCGUUUAAGGAUGAAUGCCUCAGCAUUGUGGAUGAGUAUUACGCUGCAAUAUACAGCUUCCUGGUGAAUAACUUGAGCGCCGGAGAAGUGUGCAAAAUCUUUGGACUCUGCGGAGGACAUAGAAUUAAAGUUCCCAUCUGGCCACUUCUUCCUGCUCAGACUGUGGAAACGCUUAAAGCCUCACAUUUGAUUGGCAAAAAUAAUGACGAAGUGAAGGCCUCGCUAUUAACGCCCGCUCAGUCUGUGGGCUCUCUCAUUCCAGCAGCAUACCUGACUCCUGCCAGUAAUAAGUCUUCAAGCUUUCAUAGGGUUUCUAUUGGUGAAAGUGGAGGUGUUGUGAGAGUAGCUGAUGUGGAGGAGAACCAACUCCCAAUUGAAAGAAUGAUGCCUCAAACAGUUGUGUACAUCAACAACAAAAAUGUGUGUGUUUUCUGCCAGUAUUUCCUGCAUUAUGUGCAGCAGGCUAUAACAAAUCCGAAAACUGAGGCACAAAUAGAGAAGGUGGUGACAGAAGCAUGCAACCAUCUGCCCGAUGCCGUUGAGGGCCAGUGUCGAGAAUUUGUCGAAACAUACGGCAAUGCUUUCAUGGCUCUCCUGGCUCAGGAGAUCGACCCCUCAUUGGUAAGCUACCUCGAGCAUAGACGUACAGUGAAUGACAAACCGACCUGCCCGUUGUGUCUGCUAGCCACGCAGAGUAUUAUUGACAAGCUCAAGGACAAGAGGACUGAGGAAGAAAUAAGGCGGGAGCUAGAUUUGCUGUGUGAUGAUUUGCCAAAAUCUGUAGUUGGAGAGUGCGAAGAGUUUGUAAAUACGUACGAAGAACAGUUGGUGGAAAUGUUCCUUGCUGAUUUCACGCCAAAGCAAAUUUGCACUUACCUUAAACUCUGUGAUCCAACCAUGAAGGAAAGACUGACUACGCCAGUUCCAGUUCCAGAAAUAUUGUCCAAUGAGAUUCCAGCGGCACCUCAAAAACGUAGGAAUACCGCGAUGGCCAAAGCGGCAAAGGCUUCUUUUAAAGAUUCGACUGUGUGCGUGCUAUGUGAAUUUGUCCUGUCAAAGAUCGAUGAGGAACUCAAAGAUGGUGCAACAGAGGAGGAAAUAAAGGGAUAUGUUGAAAAUGUAUGUAACGUACUCCCCAAAACUGUGGUGAGGCAGUGCAGGCAGUUUGUUGAAACGUAUGGUGACGUGGUGAUCGCCUUGCUUGCCCAGUCUCUCGACCCUAAGGAAGUCUGUUCUGCUAUUAAGAUCUGCAGUGGGGCAAAUUCCAAACAUCCCGUUCUGAUUGAAUCCAUAAAGAAGUCUGUGAAGGAGUGCGCGGUAUGUGAAGCGUCAAUGGGAGCUUUUGAUGAGCUUCUUGGGGACCCAAACUUGCAGAAGGAUGUGGACAAGUUGCUGAAGAAAGUUUGUCCCAAGCUUCCCGCACAGGAUCGAGACGAGUGCAAUCAGCUGAUCGACGUGUAUGGUCCGAGCAUCUUGAACUUGGUGUCGGAAGUGGCGAAUCCGCGCCUGGUGUGCUAUGAGAUCGGCGUGUGCAGAUGGGAGAAGCAGACUGUGCACUUGCUGGGAGGCAAGAAUUGUGUUUGGGGGCCGGGUUACUGGUGUCAGUCCGUGGCCCAUGCCAAGUCCUGCGAUGCCCUGGAACAUUGUCGGGAGAGAGUCUGGAAGGCAAAGAAGCCGGCGAAACUGGUUAGAAACUGAGCGAGGAAGGACUCGGAGCAAAAGAAGUGGUCGCCGCUCAGAAGCACGCAGGCUGUAGUAAAUGACACUAAUUAAUAAUAUUAAUGUACCAGCUUGUUACGGUUUUUUUUUUACCGUGAGUAUAGCCAGAAACGUAAAAAAAAAAUAUUAUAGGUAAAAGUUGUAUACUUGAUUUAAUUGUGUGAAAUAAUUCUUGAUGAUUUUCAGCUAAUAGCAGAGUGGAAUUGAAUUUAUGCUGUGAUACUGCACGAAGGACUGAUGAUUGGUGAUAAAGAUGAGAUUUAGGGGACGUCCUAUUUCCUUUGUUGUUGUAUAUAGCGUUUAUGAAUGUCUUAGUCCAUAUUGUAGUUGGAACCAAUCUAGAUGUGUUUACCCUGUACGUUGAUGAAAAUAAAAGGUCUGCUUUCAAAGAA